UGCGCACACACACGCGCACCCGUACGCACACGCAUGCCAGCGCAUGCAUGCACGCAUAAUGCAUGUAUAUAUUUUACUCCGACAACCGUCUUUAGUCUAAUUUUUUUUCUUGCAUCUUCUUGGUUAACAGGGGGUACGUAUACACAUCGCAUACUCGACAUCGGCUUACGAGCUUUUAUAUACCUAGGAGAUGUAUAUACACGCGAGAUUCACACCGCUCUGGAUAUAUUUCACAACUCUCUCCAACUCUCUCGGGCACCAGUAGCAACGCUUCAAGAUAGAGAGAGAGAUAGAGAGAGAGAGAGAGAGAGAGUGAGUGAGUGAGUGAGUGAGUGAGGAGAGUGAGCAAGAGACGGAGAUAAACUGAGCAUACGUGUGUUGUAUGCACUUUGUAUGACUGUAAAGUAAGAGAGACAGGAGAGUAUUUUACAUAUCUUUUCGUGUGCGAAGUACGAUACUCCUCGUUGAAAACGGAAGAGAAGGAAGAGCCUGUUGACCCUGAGGAAACUCAAUGGAACCUUCCUAGUUUUUUAUUUAUUUGGCAGUAGAGAAGCGUGCAAGUACUCGUUGUCCUCUCUUUGACAAUGGCCAGUGUAGGGCAAUAGCAACAGCAUCAACAGUUCUUGACUUUGAACGUUUACACUAUCAGCAUUCACCGCGACAUGAACAUUUCUCGGUGCUGUGCUUAUAAUUUUUUCUACGCCCGAUCGUCUCGCUCGUUCGUUUCCUGGACAUUUUGAUAUCCUGUGAUAAAGCAAAAUGGCCUUACGAGAAUUAGUCGAGGGUGAUUGCGGAGGGCCAAACCCUCUGAUUCGCCUCACAUCACACUUUGUAAAAGACCAUGGCUUAAAAGAAGAAGGUGUAAGAGAUCUAUUUGGAUCUAUAGAUCCUUUUGAAACUGGUAACUCGGAUCAACUUGUCAAGCAGUUUCUUGAAGAAUCUUCUGUUCAUCCGCAAACCUUCAAAAUGGAAAAUAUUCUUCAAGAGAUGCGAGAAAUAGAUCAGAGUAUAUAUCCACCAGUUACAGCACCAGGCGUCGUUGAAGAAUUAACCAAUCAAGACACAGCGUGGGCUAAUCAAUAUCUACAAUCUGGUGGACACUUUCAAGAAAAUCACAAAGACGAUAUUUGGAAUGUUCAGCCGAUAGCUUCAAAUGCCAAAGUUGCCUUCCCAGGAGAAACACAUGAGCUGGGCCUGGGCCCAAAAUGGGCCGAAGAAUAUCUAGAACACAGCAUAGAUCAUCCGGAAGCAGCUACCGCAAAAUCCGAGAAUCCGGAUUUCGCCUAUUCGAAAUUUAUGAAGUUUAUGCGACAAGAAGGCGAUCUCCCUAUUGAAGCAGCACCGUCUCCAAAUACCGAAAACUUAGAUAAUAAUUGGACUGCGAAUUUCACCGAGACCGCAGAUACGAAGCCAUCGGAAACAACCAUUGAAGAAUCUAAGGGAGACGAGACGCAUGCCUUAAGUACCGUUGACGAACAGUCUGCCCUAGCCACAACAUGGACCAAUGAAUUUUCGAAAAAUAAGUCUACCACCACCGAGCAAGAUGCGGAAAAUUACAAAUCGUCAUUCUGGGAAAGUCUGCAGAGCGAAUGGGAGAAGAUUUCCGGGGAGAACGUGACGACGAAUCACCCGUGGAUCUCGGAGUACGACAAUUUUUACGACCCUUUCAAGGAAUACGCCUUCAGUGAGGAGAAUCCGAUGUCAAAUCUAUUGAAUCCGCUAGAAGAGGGUAAACGAAGGUUGGAAAUUGGAGACCUGCCCGGAGCCGUACUGUGCUUCGAAGCCGCUGUUAAUCAAGACUCCAAGAAUACGGAGGCUUGGCUUCUGCUGGGAAAAACACAGGCAGAGAACGAGCAGGACCCAUUAGCCAUCUCUGCCCUCAAACAAUGCCUCACCCUCGAUCCUUCGAACCUAACGGCGCUCAUGACGCUCGCCGUUUCUUAUACAAAUGAGUCUUAUCAGAGCCAAGCCUGCUUAACCCUUAAGGAUUGGCUAUUGAAAAAUGAGAAAUACAAGCACCUUAAAGCAUCAAAGUCGCCUGAAAAUUUGCCGCCUCAACUUUUAGUCUCCACCAUAUUAUUCAAUGAUAUUCAUAACGAAGUCAAAGACUUAUUUAUCCAAGCGGCACGAAUGCAGCCACAUGGCACAAUUGAUGCCGAUGUUCAAUGUGGACUUGGCGUUUUAUUCAAUCUAUCCAGUGAAUACGACAAAGCUUCAGAUUGCUUUAGAGCUGCGAUACAAGCAAGGCCCAAGGAUCCAAUGCUAUGGAACAGAUUAGGAGCCAUUUUAGCUAAUGGUCAGCGUUCGGAAGAAGCAAUCGAUGCCUAUCACCAAGCACUAGAAUUAUCGCCGGGCUUCAUUCGUGCCAGAUAUAAUCUUGGAAUAUCUUGUAUUAAUUUAAACGCUUACAAGGAGGCUGGAGAACAUUUAUUGACAGCAUUGAAUCAACAGGCUGCUGGAAAAGGUGUAUCCGGAGAAAGAGCUCCAAUGAGAAUUAUGUCGGAUACAAUUUGGUCGACCUUGAGAUUGGUCCUAUCGCUAAUGCAUAAGUACCAUUUGAAUGAUGCUAUAGAAAAUAGAGAUCUAGCAAGGUUGAAUAAGGAAUUUGAAAUGGAAUAGGGCAAUUAAACAAGCAAUAAAAAAAUCGAACAGUAACAUUGA